AUGGGUCGAGCGAUUGACGGCUCCGCAUUAAGCUGGGCUCAAGCCGAAGAGGUUGCUCCUAUCAUCCGCAAAUGGGCCACAGAGCAACUCCUUCGAGUAUGGCAUCAACAGAAGAAUCGAUAUGACCCUGAUCCAUUGUGGGGGGAUGAAGUUGGUUUUGACAAACAAACCUUGAAGAAGAUCGAAUAUGCUUUAGUCAACUUGGACCGCAAGAAUUCGCGGGCCACAAUGUUACUGGAGCAAGAGAGGGUUAUACGGCAGUGGGAAGCAAGAAAUUGUUGCACAAGUGAUGGGGCUACGUUACAAUGGGAGUGGGCAACUUAUGUGGUUGAGACCACACCUGAAGCUCCGUACCACGACAGGGCAACAGAUCUAUUGGAAGUUGAAACAAAUAUGCGUCAAAGGAGACAUUUGAUAAAUCGGUUCCUCUUGCCUCAUCAACAAGCCAUGUCUCUCUGUGUUUUCCCUCGAGUCGGGGUGGAAGGCACAUGGACUACUCCCAACCAACCCAAUCGUCUUAUUUGUCCGCUGCCUCGAUAUCAACUGUUGGCAAAGAAUGUCCAGAGUCGCCCUCAAGGUCGAAUGAGAACUUAUUUCCCAAUCUAUCGGGAUGUUUUGACAUCAAGUCCAUUUCAUGAUGACCCACCAACGGGGAAAGGAAUUCCUGACCAUAUUUGCUUGGACGAGCUAGAUAUUGGCACCGGGUGCUGCAGUAUUCAGACAACCUUUCAAGCCGCCAACGAAACCGAAGCACGAUGGUUAUACGAUCAACUCAUUCCUCUCGGCCAUGUUCUUCUUGCCAUGACAGCUGCAACCCCGAUAUGGAAAGGAUAUCUAGUUGAUACAGACAUUCGAUGGCAAAGAUUCGGAGACUUGGUGGACGAUCGUCGACCAGGAGAAAUGGACUUCUUGAAAGCUAACAUCGAAAAGCCACCUCGUUGGACAUGGAAUCGAACAUACCUCUCUCGAGAGAAGCCUCCGAUGCUGGAAGGGAGCACCCCUCUGCAGCCCAUGGACAAAACCAUCAAGAGCCGGCUACUCGAAGGUGGCAUGGAUGACGCACUCGCCGAGCAUUUUGCAUCAAUCCUUACCCGCGACCCUCUCCUGCUGACUCGAGCAGAUCUGGACAAUCUGAAUGACUCAAACACAAGACUCUUUGAGCUUCUUCACGGUUGCGUCUGGCAUCAUGUCCGCUUCAAACCACCUCUCACUGAUAAUGGUCCUGGAUGGUGUGUGGAAUUCCGACCGAUGGAGGUGCAACUGACCGAUUUCGAGAACGCUGCGUUCGCAAUCUUCAUGUACCUGCUUUCGCGAGCAAUCACCACCUUCCAUUUGAACUUCUAUCUCCCAUUUGACAUGAUCGGUGAGUCAUGGGAAACGGCCCAGAAGCGCAAUGCUGCGGUAGAAGGGCGCUUCUGGUUUCGUCGAUCUGGGUGGUCUUCCAAAUAUCAUCGGAAUGAUCAUUCAGUCAAGUCUAUGUGCAAGGACUCGGCCGAUCAUCAAGACGCCGAGAAGGAAUGCAAACUCAUGACUGUGGAUGAGAUCGUCAAUGGCGAAGGAAAUUCUGGAAGUUUCCCAGGUUUGUUGGCCAUGGUUUGGGAGUAUCUUGACUACACCAAUGUUCCUUCAGUCGAAAAGGCCAAGCUUGCUCCUUACUUGGAUCUCAUUCAGCAGCGUGCGAACAGUACCAACCCGACUCCAGCAUCUUGGAUGCGUCAGUUUGUCCGUCAACAUGAGGAUUACCAUCGUGACAGCUAUGUCAGUGAGAAGGUCUGCUAUGAUAUGAUGGAAGAAAUAUCUGUUUUGAACAAAAUAUAG